CCUGCUGGCGAAGCAAAGCCAAAAGUUUUCUGCUCCUGCGACCCGUGUAUAAAAGACAUGCCUGCGCGACACGAGCGGCCAGAAGCUAAGACCUCAGCCGUGCUUGCUGCUUGCUUAUCCUUGGAGCAAGAUACUGCAAAAAUCGUCUACUGAAGGAAAAGCUCCUCCAUGGGUUCCAAGGGCGACGCGCCGACAUGGGCGGACCAGUGGGGCUCCGGCGGCGACGACGGGGGCAGCGGCGGCGGCAAGGCGGACGGUAACAAGAAGACGGUCGCCGGCAACGUGAAGGCGGCGGCGUCGGGGGGGCUCGUCAAGGCCAAGGCUGCGGCGCUGGUGGGGGCGCACAAGGUCAAGUCCGGGACGAGCAGCGGCAUCAAGUGGGUGAAGGAGCAGUACCAGAAGAGGGCAGCGUCCAAGUGAGAUGAUCCGACGCGACGCGGCGUCGCGCGCUAGGAUUUUCAUCCGUUUGCACUGAGCAAUAGAAUUUUCGUUUUCUCUUGGAUUGGAUGAGCUUAUAGCUUGUAAUCCAAUGGGGAUUUCCUAAUUCUUAUUAUUUUGCUUGCGGUUUUAAGUCGAGCUUACAGCUUA